UUUCCCAGAAUUUACCUCGUGAAUGUUCAGAGCUGUUCGUUGCACGUGGCAAGGAAACAAGCUGUUAAAUCUGUCAAAUGUAAGUGCAAAACAUUGGAAAGGAUAUAGCACUGAGACUAGCUUAUAUUUAGUUACUAUUGAAACAAGAGGGUACUUUUGAGAAAAAGCCUCCACCUUGAAAAUAUUUCGGAAAAGAUUGCAAAUGCUGAAAUUACAAGUUUUUUUCUAAAGGUGAUCGAAUAUGUUUCUCAAAGAGAGCUGAAUAAUGCCUGCCUCAAAGAGACAGACGAAUUUAAACUUACUGCUUUUUACACUUUUUCCUUUCUCCAACUUUAUUUUACGGAUUGAGAGAAAUUAAAAUUAGGAAUACGUCUAUUAUACAGGUUUAAAGUUUCAGGGACAACAGAACGAUCAUUCAUGACCAUGAAAGCAGAAAAAUUGGCGCUGAUUUUGAGAGCUUUUAUGGGUUUUGAACAGUAAUUAGAUAAUUCUUAUAUAUAUUCCCGGUUUUGAGCAUGUUCUCAAAUCCCUGUUCGAACACUUUGUGCGCCAGUUUCAUGGGAUUGUCAGUGGUUACUGUAAACUUAAUAGCAAUACAACAACCAUGCUCAUGAUAGUUUCCUAUGGAAAAUUUGUUUAUUAUUGGUUCUGUCACUCUCAAGUUUCUCUGAAUGUUCUCUUUUUGUGCAUUAAUGUAUAAAGGGGAUAAGUUUCUAAAGAAGCUGUGGUGCAGUGUUGGUGGGGGAGUAUAGGAGGGUGGCCAAUUUAUGUUAUCAACUCAGUUGAUAAUACUUAAUUACCCCAUUAAUAUAACAGUUGGUUGAUCUGCCCACACAAAAGGUGAGCAAGAUUAAUGUGAAGAAGUGAAGAUUCUGCAAGUGAGCAAUAAGUUAUGUGUGACUGCUAUACUGAAAAUGUGUGCUUGCUCUUUUAAUUAUAUGUUUUGAACUAUUUUAGUGGGCUGACUUAGAAAUGACACAAGAUUGUUUAAAUGUUUGUAUAUUAACCAAGGUGCUUGUUACUUUUUGUAUCUACUUUAUCACAUCUUCAAUAUAUAUUAAUCUACUAUUCAAAAGGAGGCCAAGUGUUAUGCACCAAGGCUUAAACUUUGUCUUGAAUUCAGCAUUGAUGGGAUGUUCAAAUAAAACAAAUUUAACUUAUUUUGAAUAUGUCAUUAUCCACAAAAUAUCAAAUGACCUAGAUGCUUUUCUUUUGAUUCGUGGCAGGGUGUCAGAAUCAUCAUAGAAAAUAAAAGAACAACAGGAGAAGGUGCAGUGUUUGAUAAUUAAAUAAUAUGUUUCUUCCAACUUCUUAAAUUGUUAGUCUCAGUGUGCAUUCCCUUGAAAUGUAAGAAAUAAGCGAAUGAUAAUUAAUGAGAAGAAUGGAAAGGUGGAGAUAAACAAACCUCACAUUUUUGUAACUCCCUUGAGUAACCAAGACAAAUUUUCUCUUAACAAUAUCAGGGAGGUCAGAAAGGCUAGGGGUCACAAAUGACCUGCAAAUUCUCAUUGAAUUUAAAUUUCAUCAGUGGUUUAACCUAUACACUUACUCUGACCACCUGUGUGGCAAUGAACAUAUGAACACUACAGUAAUGCGGUAAAGAUGUCACAACCAGUUUCAUCUAUUUGUUUUUCUUCAUAAUCAGUUUUGUGAAUGCCUACAGCACACCAGUUCCGAUAUUUUCAUCUAGAAAAAAAAAAAGAAAACACACCCCUUCCUUUGCCAAAUUUCAUCUAGUUUUGCAUAUUUUCUUCGCCAUCCUGCAUUCUCCCAAUUUCCAAGAAAAGUGGGAUAGGAUAUGUCUUGAAGCAUUUAAAAUCCUAUUAAAGCCAAAACAGUCAAGAGUAUUAAUUAACUGGAUGAACUCCAAGCAAGGGUCAAUUCUCAAUAAAUCUGCAUUUACUGUUCAGAUCUAAUUUUUCCAUGCUUUUAAAUGUCUCCUUGUUUUUGCAUUGAUUUGGCUCUCUUGGACUAAAAAUAUGUUUGUUUAAUUUAACAGACUCGCAACAGGCUCUUCCAUAUUUAGAAAUUAAGGAAGAAGCAAAAGGUGAAGAGAAGAAACUGCCCAUACUUCCUCCCCCUCCUUUGGAGUUAUGCUGCAUGAGUGGCUGUCAGAACUGUGUUAUGAUUCAACAUGCUGAGGAAUUAAUAAAGAUGUAUGGUGAUGACUCAGCAGCCAGAGCUGCUCUGGAAGAAAUUCCAGAUGAGGGUCUCAAAGCUUUCCUCAAAAUGGAACUAAUGCUAAAAAAAUAGCUCCAGACAAAUGUUUGUUCUUUUCAGUGUAUUUCCAAUAAACAAAAGGAUAAAAAACUGCCAGAGAUUGGUACAUGUAUAUACAGAUUACACUUCAAGUAAUAUUCCUAAACUUCUGAAAACACAAGUGAUAUGAAUCCUUAAUUUUUACAAGGAAGCAUUUUAUUUACUUUUUUAACAUAAAAAUAACAAAUUUUUCUUUUAGUAAGAAGCUAGAAAACACAUGUUAUUGUAAAGUUUCAUAUGAAGCCAUUUCAGUGUCCCAUCAAAAUCAGUAAGUGCACAAAUCAGCUGACUGAAAUUUUCAUUUGUACAAAAAAGCUGAAGCAUAAUAAUGUUAGGUAAAGUUAAGCAUUUCUUUUGUUUAAUUUUUUCAAUUUCAAGUAAUGUUUUCAAGG